AUGGAGGGGGGAACCAGCAACAAAGAUAAGCUGUUCUUUAAGUUAUAUGAAUAUAUAAACAAGCUAGAUAACUCUGCAGGUGAUGAUGUUAGCUUGGAGAAGGAGGGGAGGAAGAAUGUCCUAUACAUUAGUAAAAAGGCAAAGGGGAAGAAAAGGUCGGGUGGUGGGGAAGUGACCCAGGCGGAGGUGAAGGGAGAGGGCAGGGGGGCUCAUUCUUUGCAGGCCGCGGGGAGGGCCAAACGUAGGGAGAGUAAAAUAAAAGCUCGAAGCUGUGUGGCAGCUGGUGCUGAGGGAAGUGGCCCACUAGGGGGGGAAAGCGGCGAGGACAGCGGUGAGGAUAGCGGUGAGGACGGCGGUAGCUACACCAUCAGUUGUAGCAGCAGUUACAGCAGUCGGGGGGACGAAACCGCGGCCCCCACCGCGCCACGGGAUUGCCCUCUCAAAGCGGAAAAGGAUGACCGGGGUGGCGGAGUGAAUGGCCCCUCAUACGAGCACAUCCACCCAAAAAAGAAAGUAGACGAAAAGACCAAAAAGAAGGGGCGCACCAGGGAGAGCAUUACCAACCCGAGGAGCGACCCCCUAAGCGAAGUACAAAACUACUACGUCAUUUCCAAGAUGAACAGAAAAAUGGAAGAACACAAAAGCGUGGGCGAAGUCAAAAUGAUAUGCAGCCAGGGGAGCUCCAACCUGCUAGCGAUGAUCCAAAAAAUCGAUCACAUCAUCAGUGCAUAUGAAAAGAUUAGGGACGAAUUAGAUAAGCUGGAGACGAAGAAGCAAUUCAUUUACGACACAUUUUACUCAAUUUUUUUGAACUACUAUUCCAGGUAUGAAGAAGUGAAAGUGAUCAAGGGGAACAAGCGAAGGGUAGAACGCCACUUGAAAUUUUACACCAACGUAGAGCGGUUCGAGAAGGUACUCAGCCACAUGGAGAAAAACGAAUAUGCCUACUUCAUUGACAUGUAUAAUAAUUCUUUGCAGAAAAGUGGAGGGAAGGAAUCCUCGGCGGUGGUGCUUGAGGGGGAUGAGCAGAGUGAUUAUGGUGAGAGCGAGACGGACUCGGGGGAUGAAGAUGGAGAGGUGCCCAUGGACAAUUGGGUCGCGGAGGAUACACAAAACGGGGUAGCUUCAUACGGAACGGAAGGGGGGGACACACACAGUGAGGAGAACAACGCGGAGGAUGAAGGGAGCCACGAAAUUGAUAACUACUUACUUAGUGAUUGGGAGAAGGAGGAAGAGGUGAGCUUCCCUGUCGGAGGAUAUGCCGCCCAGAGGGGGCAGCAUCACGAUGAAGGUGCACUUCAAAGGGGCGCGCUUAAUGGUGAGGGCGAGGCGGAGCGCGCUGCGUUGUACGAACAGGAAGAGGUAGAGGCAACCGCGGAAGUUGCGACAAAACGGGUGAGUUGCCAAUCGGGAAGGAGUAACAAGCUCGGAGUACAGCAGCCCAGCGGAGGGCUUGGCCCAAUGGGGGGCAACCCCGUGGAGGGGCAACUGCGCGGUCGUAUAUGGUGGGCGAAAAGGAAGCAAAGGAGGAGCUCCGCGGGGCGCAUCUCCAAUGGGGUAGCAACGGGUGGCGGACACAACGGAGGGCCCCGCCGCGGUAGAGCCAACCGGGGGAGCGAGAAGAACGAAAUCUAUCACAUGCUGCAGUUCUCCGAAGAGGCCAUAAAGUUCUUCAAGAAGAAUGGCACCUAUUUGCACGCCAAGGCGAAGCUGGCCAAGUACCAGGCCAUCAUAAGGCGCAUUUUGAAGUACAUCAUUAAUCUGUUCAGGGACGUUCUAAACAACGCGGAGUUGAAUAUGCCUGGUGGGAGAGGGGGGGAGAGUUUACCCCUGUAUGGUAAAGAUUCGAAUGUACCGAGGGAGUUAAGCUGUAAGGGGAAGUGGUGGGAGGGCAGUACCCUGGGCGGAGACAACCCCAUAUGGGGCAAGCAUCCCCCAACUGAUCCGUCUUCCAAUUCUGUGUGCGAAAAAAGGCUACCCGGAGAAGACAGCCAUGUGGAUAGUGUCAAAUUUGACCAAAUGAAGGACCCCCCUGAAGGCAUAACUGAUGAGACAGGCGAACAGAAGGAUAAGCCGCCGCACGAGGAAGCCAAUUCGACGGAGAUGCCAAACCUCCUCUCCGCAGAGGAACAAAUGGAGGAGAGUCAAAUGUACAGAAAUAUAAACAUGAUCUACUUCAGCAAGUACAUAAACGAAGUGGAGUACUAUAGGAAGUUCAAAAUAAAAUGCAGCUGCAUGCGAGAUGUGAUACACUUCAUUUAUGAAAAAUCCGUGGAGGAUGAAAAUGACCUCUACACAGAGGAAUACAACCAGCUGGAGAAUUUCUACGUGAGCACAAGGGUAAAAAUACUCAACAGCAAUGUGCUAAGCAGUAAUGUGUUGAGCAAUUUUGAAUACCUUCUGAAGAAGGACAUUUGCAAGUAUAUAAAAAAUGUGUGCCUCUUGGCAAUGUACGUUUCUAAGUUAGAGGUGGACCUGUACAAACACAUUUUCAAUAAUAAAGUUACCAAUUCGGUCAGCAUCAUUCUGAACAGCAUCGGGGUGUGUAUCUUCGACUGCCUUCACGAUUGCAUCCUCCAACUUAACAACAUUCAAUUGAUUAGGAAGAUCAUCCGAAUAAUUUACGUGGACGUUAUAGACACGUAUAGUGAUAAUUCGUAUAGGAUCAUUUGUGAUUACUUAAAAAAUAUUUGCAAAAUUCUGAAGGAGAAGCUACUCUACGUGAUAGAGAUGUAUAUCUCCUACUACACCAAAAAUACGACUGCCCAUUUGCCCUAUGUGUGCUUCUACCCUCUGAGGAAAAAAUUCAUCAACAUGGUGAACAACUUUCUGUAUGAUGAGUAUCUCCUCACGUGUGAUGCGCAGGUUGGGGAGUGCCCUGUGGGAACUGCACACGUGGCAUCGGCGGAGGGGGGGCCAAACGCACAGGCGAGCGGGCAGGCGAACGGUCAGGCGAAUAUGUUGCACUCCUCCGCGGGGAGUAACCCUCCCAUGGGGAAGGACCCACCGGGGGGGGGUAAACGCGAGCUGAUGCGCAGCUGUGACAAUAGCGAGGAGGGAAAUCCUUGGGGUGGGGCCGCCCAGAAGGUGGAUGACCCAUCCAUGGAGAGCACAAGCAGCCAGGAGAGCCGGGCCAGCCGGGACAGCCUAACCAGCAGGGGGCACUCGCAUCCGAGCGAGUGCAACAGGAAGGUGCUGAGCGAGAAGAAUGUGUACAAGCCGUUUUCCUUCCACCGCUGGGAAUUUAAUAAGGACACCAAACUGGGCCUGCGCGGUAUAGACCUGAACAUCAUUGGUACCAUCCUAAUUUUGAAAACGAUACUUUUUAUAAUCGACGAAGAGACGCUGCUGGAGCUGUUCAGGGAGUGCCUGGAAAAUAGCUUCAACUCUAUAAGCUCCAUUUAUAAGGACCACUUGAAAAGUCACCCUCAGGACAUGUUUAAUGGUUCUCUUUAUUUAAUCAAAAAUUUGAGUCUUUUACUCUAUUUGUUUUACAAAGUUACGAAGGACCGCGAGUUUGCCCGCUUCUAUCUGCACAGCGGUUUGACCGAGCAGCUCCUCUUUGGGGCCUCUCCAAAGGAGUGGACCAUGGAGAGCCAGACGGGCGGCGGGAAAAGGGAGAGCGACAAAGGGGGGGCCGAAAAUGAGAACUCCAUUUUGUGCUUCUUCAAAAGGGUGUACAACAUGUCUUCGCAGAACGGCGUGCAGAACAGAAUCCUGGCCGCCUUCAACGAGGCCGUUUACAACUUCACCGUGGCGACAGUGUCGAGGGUUUGUUCCCCCUUGAUUAAAAUCCUCUCGAUGGAAUACAAAGAAGGUGCGCUCGAAAAGGAGGAAGAAAUUAAAAAAAUGACUCACGAUUUUUUGAACGCCAAAAGGAGUCGCCAACCAGAUUUGGAACUCGCAGGGGAUAAAAUGGACUUCUCCUUUUUGCGCGAAAUAAACUUCCACUUGUUAAAGGAAUUCGCAGAGAAGGUUACCAACGAGCGGGGGGAAGAAGCACCCAAGUGCUCCAACCUCGAUGACCUGAAAAAGAGCCUCCAGUCGUUUAAGCAAAAUGUUUGUAACCUAUUUCCGAGGAUAUAUUUUUACGUGAAGUUAUUUAUUUGCUCCAAUACGGACAAGCCAGACGAGAAUGACUUUUUCCCCGGACUGUUUUCCCACAUCGUGGGUCUCCUGACGUAUAGAAUAAUGGGCCUGCUCAGCGAGGUGUACCUCGUGCUAAGGCUCAAGUAUGCGCACCAAGUGGAAGCCAUAUUCGAAGAGAACUACGUCAACGACAUUUUGCUCUUCCUGAAUUCGAGCGAGCGGUACGCCUGCUCCUUUGCGGACGUCCACCAGUACUUGGACGCAAACAAGAAUUACAACAUCUGGGGGGAGUAA